CUUUUGAGUGCAAAGUGUUGUGUGCAAACAAUUAAUAGGUUUUUAUUAUUAAAACACAACAACUCAAGUCUAAAUCCAGUUGUUUAUCAAUAUUUUACUGUUAUUAUGACAAUGACUUGACUACAUAAUCUUAAAACUAUGUGUAUGACUUUAUUUUUCUUCAUUAUUAACUAUGCUAAUGAAAGAUACGUAAUAAUGUCAUAACAAAAGUUUCAUACCGUUACAGAAAUUAGAUGAUAUAAAAAACACGGAAACAACACACAAAACGGACGAAUCCAUCAAUGAUGGAAGAAAUAUUGGACCCAUUGACACCAAGUGUAAAUGAUUCUACAAGUUCUGGAAUAAUGAACAAAUUAAGAAUGAGAUUGACUAAUGUUCCAUCGACAACUCCAACUAAUGAAGGUUAUGUCGAGUUUGGUGAAUUUAGGGCUCAGAGCCCCGGUAUCAAAAAAGUGGGUACAUUCGCCGGGGUGUUCUGUCCUGUGGUGCUGUCAAUGUUCAGUGCACUAAUUUUUAUACGAAUGGGUUAUCUCGUGGGCAAUGCCGGGGUUAUAGUGACGUUAGCACAAUUCGGCAUGGCCUACCUAAUAGUAGGAUUUACUGUCACAUCCAUUUGCGCUAUAUCAACCAAUGGUGCUGUCGAAGGGGGUGGAGUUUACUUUAUGUUAAGCAGGACGUUGGGCCCGGAGUGCGGCGGCGCGAUAGGAACUCUGUUCUUCUUCGCUAAUGUAGUGUCGAGCGCGCUUUGUAUCUCCGCUUGCACUGAAGCUUUGAUGGAGAACUUUGGCGAGAGUGGUUAUCUGGUUUCCAGCGGAGGUUUACCAGACGGUGAUUGGUACCGGUUCCUCUACAGGUCCACGCUAAACGCCGUAGGACUGAGUGUCUCUCUAGCGGGCGCGUCAUUGUUCGCCAGGACGAGUCUGGCCAUCUGGCUCACGAUGGUGGUCUGUCUCGCCAGCGCCUUCCUUAGUUUCUUCAUCAUCAAACCGACUAUGAUAGAGAAGCCGGACACUAAUCACCUGGUGAACGACACACACUUCAGCUAUACGGGUCUGAAUAUGGCCACCUUCUACGAGAACUUAUACCCUCAAUAUGGCAGGGACUACACCACAGAUGAUGGGGAAUUGGUGGACUUCGCGUCGGUGUUUGGAGUACUGUUCACUGGCGUUACGGGAGUGAUGGCCGGGGCCAACAUGAGUGGUGAACUGAAGAGUCCGUCACGCAGUAUACCCCUGGGCACGCUGACAGCACUGCUGUUCACCGGCAUCUCGUACGUGCUGCUGACCUUCCUUACAGCGGCUACCUGCUCCAGGGCUCUGCUGCAGAACAACUACGUCUAUCUACUGCCUAUUAACAUCUGGAAACCGUUUAUUGCAGUCGGUAUGUUGACUGCGACCUUCUCAGCCGGACUGUCAAAUUUAAUCGGCGCUUCGAGAGUGCUUGAGGCUUUAGCUAAGGAUAACAUAUUUGGAUUUCUUCUUCGGCCGAUGGUAUCGCGAUCUGGCAACCCAGUAAUGGCGGUGGUGAUGUCAUGGCUCCUCGUGCAGGUCGGAAUAAUGGCGGGCUCGCUGAAUACCAUCGCUCAGGUAAACUCUGUUCUAUUUAUGACGAGCUACUUCGCUAUCAACCUGGCGUGUCUCGGCUUGGAUCUUGCUUCGGCGCCUAACUUUAGACCCACCUUCAAGCACUUCUCGUGGCUGACGUCCCUCCUGGGCCUGGUGGGUUGCGCGGCCCUGAUCUUCGCCCUCCGGCCCGCAUACGCGUUCGCGGUGGCCCUAGCAUGUAGCUCGCUGGUGGUCGCGCUCCACUUCCUGUCUCCCGCGGCCUCCGAGCCCAAGUGGGGCAGCUUGAGUCAAGCACUUAUAUUUCACCAGGUUCGCAAGUACCUGCUCCUGCUGGACCCCCGGCGCGAGCACGUCAAGUUCUGGCGCCCUCAGAUGCUGCUGCUGAUCUCGUCUCCGCGACAAGCGGCGCCGCUCAUCGACUUUGUUAAUGAUCAGAAAAAGGGUGGUCUGUUUGUGAUCGGGCAUGUUAGAGUCGGUCAGUUAGAUGGUAGCGGGGACCCCCUGGCCCUAGAGCACUCCUACUGGCUGAAGCUGAUCGACCAUCUUAAGGUGAAAGCUUUUGUAGAGCUCUGCCUAGCGGAGUCUAUUCGGAGUGGAGCUGCCCAUCUGACUAGGCUAGCCGGUCUCGGAGCCAUGAAGCCAGAUACUGUACUAUUAGGUUUCAGAGACACUGCCACCCCGAAAGACUUCUUUAGAGACCCAAUGUCUCCGUACAAGACGGAUCAGUUCGACCCGGACUCCGGCGACAUAAUGUUCCCCACGCGCACGUCGGUCGCCACGCGCAUCUCUGCGGGCGAGUACGUGCGCAUGAUGGCCGACGUUCUGUGUGUCAACAAGAACAUAUGUCUGUGCCGGCACUUCCACACGCUCGACAUGGCGGCUGUCGAGAGGAGGUCACCCAACCUGAAGUACAUAGAUGUGUGGCUGGUGGACAUUCUCCGGCCUGAUGCGGAGCAGGCGUUCAGCGUGCCCGCACUGUUCGCGCUGCAGUUGGCUGCCGUGGUGCGCUCGGCGCGCGGUUGGCAGCACCUGCACCUGCGGGCGCACGUGCCGCUCACCACGCCUCAAAACAUGAGUGCGGACAGCAAUGGACAGCGCUCCGUGACUGACAGACUUGACGACCUGCUCAAGUUGUUGAGAAUCAACGCGACCACGCACGCGGUAAGCGACUGGCCCAUGCUCGAGGACUUGGGUCCGUGGCGGGAGGGGGGCUUCGAAAACCCUGGCAUAUAUAGCCGCGUGCCGGCAAGCUAUUUACGAAUAGUGAACACUAUCAUAAAACAUCGUUGUGCCGAGGGCACCGCUGUCACCUUCAUCCAGCUGCCGCAGCCUCCAGCACUCCGACCCUCGGGCGAUGACGAGGCGCUCUGCGAACAGUAUCUCAAGGUGUUGGAUGAUCUCACUGUGAAUCUAUCUCCGACCAUACUCGUACGGGGUUUGAAGUCUGUUACUUCCACGGAUCUUUGAUCAAAUUAUAGUUUUAAUAGUUUAUACAGCGUGACGCUCCAAUGGUGACAUUAAAUGAACACACAGGUACAGCUACUUAACAUUAAUCAUUAAAAAUAAAUUUAAAAGUUAAAGUAAAUUAUUAAAAUUUUGCAACUUUUUAAACAGAGAAAUAAUACAUUUAGAAAACAAAAUUUUAAUCAACCUUUACGUGAAUGCUAUUCACCUACAAGUUGUGACGGCCACGGCGGGGCGUGCGAGAAGUGUCAAUGCCUACGAUAACUCGCGGCUACUAGAUUACUUACAGGAUGUUCCGAAGUGAUGUUAUUGAAAAUUAAUUUAUUUAGGUGAAUUAUGUAUUUAUUUUUUUGUGAUUACGGCUAAAUAGCUCUACCCGUGUGUUAAUAUAAUGUCGCCAUUGUAGCGUCACACUGUACAAUGCAGUAGCUUUUUUAUCGAGCAAUAUUUUAUGGUAAUUAAGUGUAUCACUUAUUAUUGAAUCGCUUUACACCUUCGAGUAUUAAACCAAAUUAGGACGACAUUAACUAUUGUCCAAUUGUUAUGUGUUUCAUUAUUUUCUUAAGAAUUUAUUCUCUUAUUUAAUAGUGCGAAGUACACAAAUUAUAUGAGGUGCAAAAUCGAGCGUUAUUAGAAAGAAAUGACGUUAUUCAUAAAAGGGAUAGACAUGAACACUAGUGCCUAUUAGAAAAUAUAAUAUACAGGGUGUAAUCGUGAAGUGUCAUCAGAUGAUUAUUCCGUAACUAUUACAGAUAUCAAAAAACUUUAUAGCGGUAUCGAUAGUACGUUAUCUAAUCAGUAAAAUGACAUAAAAUUUUAAGGAGUAUCCUAAUAUUGAUAUUAAACACAAAUGUAUGGGACAUUUCGUAUGAAAUAGAAUUGUGAUAAGUGUGUAAGAAUUGGUUAAUCCAAUCAUUUUGUAAAUUGAUUAUAAUUUAAUAGAUAAUUAUUUAAACAGUUAACCUCGGUCAAGUGGCACGUAUAUGGCAAUGCGUGCGUAUUUACUAAUCUUUAAGUAUCGUUUGUGCAUUUGUCGUUAACGGGACCCUUUAUUUAGUUCGCUACGAUAGGUAUUUCCUGAAUGGUCUCAAUACGCAAUGGAAACCGUAUUAAAUACGGACAUAAGUGUUAGCUUCUCAUUUCCCAAAACGUGUGACAAAUAUUUGUCCGUCUCUUUUUAGUUGUUACUCGUAAGUUGUGUAAGUGUGCUUACGACGUAGGGCUAACAGUAUCAACAAGGACACAAAUUAUUUUAUUUAAUGACAAUUUUAUGUAAUAUUCCGACAUUUUAUUUUGCGACAUUCCUUUUUGAGUUUCUUUGUGAAAUUUGUGUAAGCUAAAAUGUUUAAAAUGUAUUUAUUUUAUAUGAAUAAUUUAUGUCUUUUUUGUAAUUAAUAUUUAUUAUCGGAUUGCACUUUAUCCAAUAUAUUUACUAUGAAAUAAUUUUACACACAUUUAAAUUUGUAACCAAAGUUUAUGGAACAAUGCCGGACUCGAACCCGCGACCUCUUGGACACCGUCCGAGCGCUCUUACCAACUGAGCCAUCCGUUCGAGUAUGAAAUAAUCUACGAAAAUAAUAAUACUUAAAAUAUAUAAUUUUUAGUUAGAAAUUUCUUUAAUAGUAAGAUUUAUUCUAUAAGCCUUGUCUAUUUCUGUAGAGUAAAUGUAAAUAUAAGAGACAUUAAAGGAAAUGAAGAAAUUAUAAAAUGUGUGAGCAGUAUUGUCGAUGUUGCGCUCCUGCUCAAACCUGUGGGAGUUUUGAGGAACUUUCACCCGGACUGUUGGUGAUUACCAUAACAUAUAACUAAUUGCUGGAAAGUAUUUGCCGAUGUAUUAGACUAAUGUAAGACUGCAAUAUGCAAUUGACAACUUAGGUACUUUAACAUCUAAUUUAUAAUGAAUACAGUCCAUAUUUUGGUUAGGAGAUAAGUUAUGAUUUUAUUGCAUUCUUUAGAUACUGUUUUUCCGCUACACGCUAUUUGUUUUCACUUUAUCUCUGUGUAGCUUUCAGGAAAUUAUUUUAAAAAUAUUUACCAAAUAUUUUAUUAAUUAGUUGCUGUAAUAAGAAUAUUGAUAUUGUCAAUUACUAAUUAGGUCUAUGUAGUUAACGAUUUCUAAAUAGGUCUAGUUUGAAGACACACAAUUGCUUGCUUGAGACACAUUACGAUUAUUCGAAUACCCAUCCAGGCGUAGGCACACGCCAGAUACAAAUUAUAAAGAUAAUAUAAAAGUUGCAGUUUUAAUCCAAUACACAUUUAUGUAGUGAUUAUCAAAGUAAUAAUUACCUUGUAUGAUAUCAUUUUAAAACAAUUAUAGUUUUUUAACUUAAUUUUCUUUGCUAUCAUAUAGGUUACCAAUUUUUUUAUCAAAUUAUUGACAAAUAAAUAUUAAUUUUGAAACUUUUUGUGCUUUAAGUUAAACUAAGGACUUUGUUUAUUUUAGUCUUACCUAGAGAUAAUAUAUAUAGUAAUAUAUGUUAUAAUUAUAAUAUAUAUUAUUAUAUAAAAUUAGUCACCCCUGGGUCCUCCUAACGGGAGGUUAAUAAUACAUCGAAUAACUACUAACGCUGUAUAUCAUUAAAUAUAUGAAUUAAGUAAUAUUGUUAACUGUAGAAUGCUCUCAAAUGUGAAUGUCGAAUGGCUGUUUUAUAGUGUCAUUAGUAUUACUACUAAAUUCAUUAUUAUAGCUUACGAAAACUCAUCUAUAAUUUAUAUUUUUGAUAGUAGAAAAAGUAUGUUGCCGUUUAUACAUUCUUCAAAUUUUCAAAAAAAAUAUAAGUUGUAUAGCUAAAAUUCAUCUUCAUCAGCUCGGCUAUUAAACAAAAAACCGCGUACCAGCCAUGCGAAUGACGCCUUUUUCAUAAAUCUUGGUAUUUUUGUUAAAAUCUGAAGUUAUGGUGUCUAUCAAUAUUGGUAAAUAAUUAAAAUUUGUAAAUUUAAUCCCAGUAGGGAAGGAAAUUACUUAAAAAAUAACUUACAAAUAACAUAUUGGUAUAAAAAAACGAACAUUUGGGUUAUGACGUCACAGACAGAUACACAGAGUAGAUACAUAUCAGAUACCUACAUCUGUUUAGUUUAUAACCAUUAUUAUACACAUUUUUUAUUUAUUUUACUAGUGUUUUCGUUGUUUUACAAUUGACACAACACAGAAUGUAAUCUAUGUAAAGUUUUUGUAUUUGUUACAAAGUUAGUUUUACCUAUAAUAUAUACAUAUUACAUAUAAGUAAAAUAAUUUCACCAUAGUGUUCAACUCAGAUAAUUUACAACGACAGAUAAUUUAUUAUAUACCACUUCACACUAUACUAGAGAGAGCCUAGCGUCAUGGUGUUACCAUUAAUAAUAUUGUUUCAGUGGGCGUCGUAUUGCACUCUAAUUGUUUUUAUUUUUCAAAACUCACUGUAAAAUAUAGAAUUUUCAUAAACACAUAUUAAUAAUUAUUAUUAAUUACCAUUUACUUGUUUUACCUUAAAUUUUAUCUACCCAUACUACGAAAUAACUACUCCAUAAGAUUAUAUGGGUGCUGAAUCCAAUAGUAUUCGUUAAUAUCAAAUAUAUCAUGUUUUGAAUACUGUUUAAAUUGGUUUGAUAGAUAGAUAAGUAAUAUAAAAUGGGAUCAAUUAAUUAAAUAUAGCAAAUAGCUAAGACUACUUUCUAGUAAAAUCUAAUUGUGAUAUCAUAAAUAAAUUGUAUUUUAUUAAUUAUCAAA